UGUGAACUGGUUGACGUGUAUUACCAUGCGCCUUUAACCUUGUCCAUGAGGAUAUUAUGAUAGUCUCCUGUUUGUUCGCGGUUUUAUAACCUGUCUUAUGUUAUUUGUGUGUGUAAACCUUCGUAAACGAUGAGCAAAUAUAUUCUGCCCGUCUCGGUCUUUGGAACAGUGUUUGGGUGCGCUGUUUUAUUGAAGAACCAUGUUACUGGAGGCCCUUGUCCCAGUAAAGCUAAAAUACCAGGGAAGACCGUAGUCAUAACAGGAGCCAACACUGGGAUCGGUAAAGAGACAGCCAAAGAACUGGCCAAGAGGGGUGGUCGAAUCAUUAUGGGGUGUAGGGAUAUGGAGAAAUGUGAGGCGGCUGCCAAAGAGAUCCGAGGGCAGACACUGAAUCCUCAUGUUUACGCACGCCACAUAGACCUGGCCUCCAUCAAAUCCAUCCGCCAGUUUGCAGAGAGAGUCAACCAAGAGGAAAAGCAUGUGGAUGUGCUGAUAAACAAUGCAGGAGUGAUGAGAUGUCCAGCAGGGAAGACAGAGGAUGGGUUUGACAUACAGUUUGGAGUGAACCAUUUAGGUCACUUCUUGCUGACCAAUCUGCUGCUGGAAAAGCUGAAGGACUCUGCCCCUAGCAGAGUGGUCAACCUGACCUCUCUCGCCCACAUCGUCGGGGAGAUCGAUUUCAACGACCUCAACUGGGACAAUAAGAAGUUUGACACCAAACGGGCCUACUGCCAAAGCAAACUUGCCAACGUUCUAUUCACAAGAGAACUGGCUCUAAGGCUAGAAGGUACUGGGGUCACUGUGAAUUGCCUACACCCCGGGGUCGUUGCCACAGAGCUAGGGAGACACACUGGCCUCCACCAAUCGCAGUUCUCCAGCUCAGUGCUCAGUCCGUUCUUCACCCUCCUAGUGAAGGGGCCAGAGCUGGGGGCCCAGCCUAGUGUCUAUCUGGCCGUGGCCGAGGACUUGGAGGGGGUUACGGGCUGUUACUACGAUGUCAUGAUAGAGAAGGAGCCAGCACCCAAGGCCCUCGACCAGGAGGUGUCCCGGAGGCUGUGGGAGGCCAGUGCCAGGCUGAUGGGGCUGGAGCAGGAGCAGGCACCAUCAGCAGCAGUGCCAGCCUCAAAUGGGGCCCAAGAGAAGCCCAGCACAGACCCAGACACAAAGAUCAGAGCCAAGCACCCACUGUCAGUGCUUGAGCAAACAGGAAUGAACCCUGCAGUAUGAGCCCCGAUAUGGGAAGAGGUCACAGUGAACGGUUGACUUUGCAUAGGCGCCAUUUUCUCUCGACAAGAGAAUGUACAAUAUGAAAUCGGAGCUAGUUGGGGAUUUCGAUUAUGGCUCGUGAGACAUAUGCAUAUGCUACAGACUAAUGCUUGAUUUCACCUGGUUGUCCAGUGUUCAUACAUCUGGAGAUGUUCUCGAGGCAAUGAUCCAGAAGUGACUUGUCCAACAGCACAGUGAGUGUUGGCUUACAGUAGGUUCCAGAGGGAGCAGGUUUUCAUUCCAACCACUGUCAAGUUAUAUUUUAAUGUUAAUUGAAGGUCUUGAAUAAUUAUGGAAACAUUUCAUGCCCAGAUACUCUGAGACGGAAUGAAAUGGAAAUCACUGUUAUUAAAACAAUUGUAAUGUGUUAUGAACUGAACUACACAUGCAAUGAGCUUGAGCCUGUGUGUAAUGCGGUACAGUAUAAUGUUGCCUCAUCUGGCCAUGAUGAGGCUCAAGGGAAAGGGUUCCCCUGUCAUAUUAUUUUUUACAUUUAACAUUUAUUUAACUAGGCAAUUCGGUUAAGAAAAAAAUUCUUAUUUACAAUGACGGCCUACUCCGGACGACCAUGGGCCAAUUGUGCGCCGCCCAAUGGGACUCCCAAUCACAGCCGGAUGUGAUACAGUCUGGAUUCGAACCAGGGACUGUAGUGACGCCUCUUGCACUGAGAUUCAGUGCCUUAGACCGCUGCGCCACUCGGGAGAAGCAGUUGCUUAUCGUUGAUUAUACUAUUAUUCACUGAGCUAAUCUAACAAUACUAGAGUGACAGUCGGAGUCAGAAGUGGAUACGCAAUAAUGAGAUACCUAGAGUUGCAUUAUACAUCCAACACUUAAAAAUAUAUAUUCUCGGAUUACUCCCACAAGACAUGAUUAAGAUAAGCACAUACUGUGGAAUCUGGAGCUGUAUUUAUGCUUUAACCCUGUCAUGUUUGUUUGGGCUGGUUUAUGUAUUAUUAAUUGUUUGUGAGGAAGAGGGUUAGUAUUCUACAGGCUCUGCUAGUGUUUUAAAAACUGUAAUCUGCCAAUUACCACCACCUAGUGGGGAGCUAUCAAACUCCAAGGGAAAGACAUUUUGACCACUUAUGUAAUGAAGAAAAUGGAGACCAAAGAAAACAUUUCUUAACCCCCACAGAGCUUCUGCAAGCUUUGACUGUGUCUCACCAAAAAUGUUACUUACAUGUCUUGAUGUUUUCCUGUAGCUGCAUUGUUGCUUUAUAACAACACAUCAUCUCACUAUCUGGAGUCAGAAAACUGUUGAUAAAUCUGUCCAGGCUGGCAUGCAUUAAUGGAUACUGUUGGCAUACAUACAGCCUAAGUGCUUUGGAUAUAUUAGCCCUGAACUAUCUGAGGGAUCCAUUUCACAGGGCUCUUCCUGUCAAUAAAAUCCCUAAAUUCAGAUUGAGAGAAAGCCAUCCACCAUCCGAAUGUACUCUGAUGAGCAUCGAUCCCUGGAAACUAAUACCAUUCACCAGCCAAAUCUGGUGUCAGUUUACCAGCAAUGACACUCCCUGGUGCCAUGCUAAAAAGCUGAGGAUAAUAGGAGAUCAAGGGUUUUCCUCAUCCCUCUGAUUUGGAAAAGCAGGUAAUGUUUUGUGAAGUGGAAUACCAGAAAGACUUUUACAUAUGGUUAUUAAGGGCCAUAAAAGAGACACUGUUAUUGCUCUCCCUAAACAUGCACAGAUACAUUUAAUAAAUGCUUUAUAUUCUUUAAUGGCCACCUAGAAUAUGGUGUUACUGAAACACUUUUGACAAUGAGAACAAUUACCUUUUUGUUUCUGUAUCUUAUCUGAAGGUUCUGCAGUGAUUUAUUCAUUCUUGCCUUGAGGUAGAAUUUAGAAACAUGUCUAUAAUGUCUGAGUGAGCCUUGAGGCAUUUGUAUACUGAACAAAAAUGUAAACGUAACGUGUUUGUCCUAUGUUUCAUGAGCUGAAAUAAAAGAUCCCAGAAAUUUUCCCUA